AUUAUAGUCGAGUUAACAUCAGCGCGCCAGUCGUUUCUUCUUUUCGCUACGUGGCGCCAAUUGGAUAUCCCAAGCGAAGCCAGGUCCUUCUACACUUGGUCCUUUCAAAGGAGUGGAGGUCUUCCUCUUCCUCUGCUUCCCCCGGCGGGUACUGCUUCGAAUACUUUCAGAGCUGGAGUUUUUUCGUCUAUCCGGACAACGUGAUCUAACCAGCGUAGCCGCUGUUUUUUAAUUCGCUGAACUAUGUUAAUGUCGUCGUAUAUCUCGCACAUCUCAUCGUUCCAUCGACUGCGAUAUUCGCCGUGGCCAAUGCGCAAAUGACCAUAAAUCUUUCGCAGAACCUUUCUCUCCGAAGUAGCACCUAUUGGCAAGAGUUAUCCUGCGUUGGAUUUCCAGGCUGACAUUGUUGGUGUUAAUACUGGUUCCUAAAUAAAGAUUGUACCUGCUCGAUUAAGUUCUGCAGGUCGAACUAUUUUCUACAGUAGCAGAUUGAAGAAGUCGCCCGAUAGGGAGUCGCCUUGUCUGAAACCUCGUCUGGUAUCGAACGGCUGAAAGCAGCUUUGAAAUCGACGAAGAGGUGGUGUGUGUCGAUUCUCCUUUCACGGGUCUUUUUCCACACUGAUAAGGUCCAAUCAGUUUGUUGACGGUGGGCUUUAAUCUUUCACACAGAUUGUGGGCUCUCCCUUUUUAUGGAUUGGGCAUAGCACACUUAAAUUCCAAUCGUUGGGCAUGCUUUCGUCCGACCAUACUUUACAAAGAGGGUUAGUUCGUAAACGCAGUAAUUUUGUGCAACCCUGCUGCAUUCUUGCCGGCUGUGGUUGCUACUGCACAAUCAGCUGAUUCUACUGCCUUGCCAUUGCGGUUGUGCUGCGAAGAAUUUUUUCGCAUUUACGAACGCCAGAGAAAUGGAAUUUUUAAUUAACGCAAUUAUUGAUAACCAGGAAACUCAGAGUGAGAAUAUUUUAUUGAAUUACAAUAAAAAAAGGAUUAAACAAGUAAAGAGAAGAAAUCUUUUACUAAAAAGUGAUUUAAAAAAGAAAAGGUCCGUACCAAAAGUGAACAAUUACCUGGAUAUAAUAAAAAACUAUCCAGAGGAUGUAUUUCAAUCGCAUUUUCGGAUGGCGCGAUCAACUUUUAUGAUAUUGCGAAACUCUAUCCAACCAUAUUGGACCAGAUCAUUGCGCGGCCGGUUGGGGCAUUCCCUUGAAAUGUGCCUUUAUGUAACGCUGUGGAAAUUGGGUAACAGCAACGGCACGUUUCGCGAGCUUAGUGACCGGUUUGGUGUUGCGAAGGGAACCACGCAUAAAAUAUUUUUUAAUGUUAUUAAAAUGAUUUCUUCAUUAAAAAAUGAAAUAAUAUGGCCUUCUGCUGUUAAACAAAGGCAAGUAAUGGAACAUUUCGAAAGGAGUCGAUGCAAUCCUUUUCCAUUUGUUGUGGGAUGUGUAGAUGUGACGCAUUUCAACAUCUCGCUUCCAAAAAAUGAUGCGAUUAGUUACUACAACCGAAAAGGAAAUCAUACAAUUAUUUUGCAGGCCAUAUGUGACAGUAAAUUUCGCUUUCUGGAUGUAUUUAUUGGAUGUCCAGGCAGUUGCCAUGAUGCUCAUGUAUGGAAAACUAGCCCUAUUUAUAAAGGAAUUAUUUCCGGUGAAGUGGAACUUGCUGAAAAUGCAGUCAUUUUAGGAGAUUCUGCCUAUCCUUUAUCAAAAUUCCUGCUCACACCUUACAGAGAUAAUGGGCAUUUAAGAUCGGAAGAAAGAAAGUUUAAUUACUGCUUAAGCUCAACUCGUGUUUUUAUCGAGCAGUCGUAUGGGAUUUUGGAACAAAAGUUUAAAAUACUAAAUUAUAUAAACUUGAGGUCAGUCAAAAAAGCAUCAAUGGUAAUAUUUGCCUGUACAAUAUUGCACAACUUUAUUAUAAAUAGAGGAAACCCUUCGGAAUAUCUUGUUGAAUUACCAGAAAAUAAUAACGUCAUAAAUGAAGAAAAUGAAAAUCACCUUAGUACUUCACUGGCACCUGAAGAAAAUAACGAUUUAGAUGGAAUUGCUAUAAGGCGCAAUUUGACAACGUUGUUUUGUUCUUAAAUAAAUAUAAGUAAAAUACUUAUGAGUGGAAUUCAUUGUGUUUUAUUUGUGUACUAAUUAACAACUUAUAUUAUUCGUUAGUAAAAAUAAAAAAAAAACUCUAAUUACUCUGUUUUACAGCCAUAUUCAUAUUUAAGACUAAAUACUAUCAUCUUAUCUGUCUAAAAACUUUUGAAGCAUAUCUCUAAGGCUAGCCAUGGUUUGUAUUCUCUCGCGCUCUAUUUGCAUCUUUUCCCGUUCAAGCUCUAUAAUCUGAUCGUGCCUUUCCUUUUCAUUUUUAGCUUCUUCCUUAAGGAAUUCCAGAGACUCAUUGGCACUGGUUGUCCUACGUCUUCUGCCGAGAUUGGUCGAUGUUGUUUUGUUCGAGGUUCCUGGAGAGUCAUUCGAAACCCCAAUAUCUUCCACCACAUUGGAAGCAUCCCUUGUACUUGGCAGUGACAAAGACGAAUACAAAUUCUCAGGAGGCGUACUAAUGGAAUGUCUAGUUCCAUACACAUCGUCAAAUUCUUCAAAAAACUCCCAAGCACUUGCAGCACGCCCUGUUAAGCUAUUUCGCUUUUUAAUUCUUUUAUAUGUGCAGAAGAGAUUCACAAAUUUACGGGAA